CCUGUCCUAGCUAUAUUUGUGGUUAUUGGAUGUUUACAAACCGGAUGAUAACGUGUGAUUCUUCGUCAAAUCUUUGAAAAGUUGAAUAACAGAAGUUAUUUCAAGACAUUACACACUGACAGUUUGAAGAUGUCAUACAACAAGUUAAAUGAAGACCAUCCCCCAUCAUACCAAGCAACAGCUCCACCUCAUGAGCCUCCACCAAAGUAUGAGUCAGCAUACCCACCACAAGGUAACUAUGGACAGCAACACUCUACAACAGUAAUAACCAACCAACCAGUGAUUGUGGUUCAAAGUGGAUAUGGACCAUAUUCAAAAGUUGUCACAUGUCCUAACUGUAGAUCCUCUGUCUCCACCAGUGUGAGUCACGAGGCUGGUGUACUGACAUGGCUGGCAUCUGGACUCAUUUGUCUGUUUGGUUGUUGGUUUGGUUGCUGCUUGAUCCCAUUCUGUGUAGAAGACCUUCAGGAUUGUAAACACAGUUGCCCAAGCUGUGGACAUUACUUGGCAAUAUACAGAAGAUCAAGUUAAACAGGGAAAUCCAUUAAUCUGGGGAGAUAAUAAAGAUGCAAUGGGAGACAAUGAACUAAAAUCAGAAAUAAUUUAUAUAUUUAUAAUAUAUUUUUCUAUGUAAAUAGUUACCUUAUUACAUAAAUAGGAAGGAGGUGCUUGCAUAUAUUAUAAUUUCAGAAAUCUAUGAAUGUUUUUUCCAUGCAAAUUAUUCAUUUUUAUUUUGUAUUAUACUUUGUAAAUCUAAUAAAUUAGCUAUAGGAAUUAAAUCAAUGCAGAAUGAAUUUAACCAACACCAUUCUUGAAUGAGAAUCAUUAUUCACUAUAUUUAUAAUUACCUGUAUAUUAGGGUGUGGUUGGGGGUUACAGAAUAAAGAAUAAUGGGCAUAAAAUAUAGAGAAAACUGGAACAAAAAAAUAAAGAAUAGAGAAUAAUGAGGAGCAAAAAUAUAAAGAAUAGAGAAUGAUGGGCAAAAAGUAUAAAAAAUAGAGAAAAAUGGCCUAAAAAAAUUAAGAAUAUUGUAACGAAGGACCCCCCCCCCCCCCCCCCCCCCCCCCCCCAUCCAGAC